AUGUCCAUUGCAUCAAGACUCUUCCUCUCCGACAGUGCUGUGUCGCUCACUUGCACCGGCUACGCAAAGAUGCAUUAUCUCCAUCCGCGGUCAAGGUCGACCAGCACGCUCUUUACCACGACCUUGGCCAUCUCAUUUCUUGUCGUUGCAGCACCACAUUUACUGCCGUGCCCCGUGGAUCGACGGCAGUUUGCGGACAGUUUCGAGACUCCUGAUGGGAAGAGAUAUCGCAGGAAGCGGAAGGAGGUAACGGAUGGCGGCGACGAACACGAAGGAGUUGGGGAUGCGGCGUCGGACUUGGCCAAGCACGACAGAUCAAAGCGAGAGUGUCCAGUACCCAAGCCCGGAGGACUCGUCGGCCAGCUUAUGGGAUUCAAGAAUGAGGAACGUUCAAAGUCGGCAGAAGUCGUCGUCCGGCCACUCGAUACGAGGAAAUCACAACAGUCACAAAAUCAGAACGAUACGCCUUGA